UUUGCAAGAAUAAAGAUGGCGACUUGCAUGGCCCCCGUGACUCUGGGAGUUCUCGUUCUCCUCACUGGUCUUCAAUUUUCAUCUGCUCUGUUUGAAGAUCAAAUAGGAAAGUUCGAUUGGAGACAUCAGUAUGUUGGGAGCGUCAAGUUUUCCGCCUUUGAGCAGAGCAAGCAUAGACGUCAGCUGUACGUAGCGACCGAGUCUAAUGUCCUUGCUAGCAUCAAUCUAGCCGGUCAGCUGAACUGGAGGCACAUAUUUCAGAGAGGUCAAUCGGGGGUCAUUAAUUCGAUGCUGUAUUCCUCUGCUGAUGCUGGUAUUAUUACACUAUCUGGUGGAGGAAGGCUUCUCCGUUUGUGGAAUGCGACCACCGGCUACCUGAAAUGGGAAUCCCCUGUUACCCCGGAAACGGCUGGCCUCAGCAGUACUGAAGCCAAAGCCAUCCAAGUCAACAGUGAAUCCAAGAAUGUCAUUGUAGCUGUCAGGAACCAUGUCUUCAGUUAUGCCUUCAAGUCUGGGCGUAGAGCUUGGAUGUAUGCCGAUCAGGACAGCGAGACAUUAAGCUUCCAGUGGAUACACUACAGCAAAGAAGACCCUGAUUCUCCUAUAUACGUCAUUGGUGUGGUCGAAGGCUCGCACUUUGUUAUCACAGCACUGGACACACAAAGCGGAGAUCUUAUUAGUCAGACUCCAAUCUCAGCCGUGUGGGCAAGUAGAGCACCUAACUGUGUUGUCGUCUCCGGCGGCCAUUUUGUUUGUUCAGAGCCUUCCUCUAGUACCAUACAAUAUGUCACCAUUGGUGAGCAGGGUAGCUUCUCGGCAACAUCCCCAGCUGGACUUGGUCUGGUGCAGCUUUCUGAGCAGCAACUCGCCAUCGAUGAACUCUUCCCGUCAGCCUCAGGACCUCCUGUAUUUGUCCUUCGUCUAGGCAGCAACCAUCAUGCAUUGCUGGAGGUCAAGGGUCAAAGUAUCAUCCUCAAUAAAGAUCUUCCCAAGGUAACAGCUGUCAGUGGUAACAUAGUAGGAGAGAGAUAUGCUGUCACCACAGCUGGUAGCAACAAUGAGGUGAUUGAAUUACGUUCCUCGUACUUUGAAGGAGAAGAUGAAGAGCUGUACAGCAAUGACAUCGUUCUGCCAGGCAGUCAUGGUAUAGCAGAUCAGAUAUGUGUUGAUCUGUAUGAACUCAGAGAUAAGACAAUCAAUGGGAGAGUCUUGAUUAAGACCUCAGAUGAAGCAAUUUCAUUGGUUGUUGGCUCUGAGAAAGAGGUGCUUUGGUUGAGGGACGAGUCUUUGGCCACUGCUGUCUCAAUCGAGCUGGUAGAUCUACCCGUCUCAGACACUGAAGCCAGGUUUGAAGAUGAGUUCGGAGGGAAGCAAGGAGAGAAUAUCUUUAACAUGUUCACCAAGAGGCUAACAACACAGUUUACCCAGUUUCAGGCUUAUGCAGCACACCUGAAGAAGAAAUUAGAGAACCUCCAUGACUCUCAUCAUGGAGAUCAUAAAGUUGAUGCUGCCAUCACCCAUGCCAGUCAGAGAUUACUCGAAAAGGACAAUGAGGAAGAAGAAGAUGACGAUUAUCUCAUCAGGGAUGAAUUCAAUCUUCACAAAGUUAUUGUGAUCGCCACAAAGUCUGGCAAGAUAUUCGGUCUUGAUUCCAAUGAGGGAACCGUAGUGUGGGACCAUUUCCUACCUGACCUAGCACCAUUUGAAAGCUCAGGCAAGCUCUCCAUGCCCCUGUUUGUACAGAGAACCACAGCUCACUUCCCCAACCCUCCUCAAUGCAACCUGGUUGGAAGGAGCAAGACAACAGGUCAGGCCAUGUCAUUCACCUUCAAUCCCAUUACCGGUAAACCUACGUCUGACAGUAGUACUCUUGGCACAGAGCUACCUUACAAGGUCAAGCAGGUCACCAUGCUUAACCUCAUGACGGAUCACUUCCUGAAGGUCAUGCUCUACCUUGACACGGACUACAAUGUACAUGUUGUCCCGUCGUCAGCCACCUCACUGGUUAAGGAGCAUUCCUCUAGCAUCUAUCUCUUCACUGCAGAUUCAGAUUCAGGCAAACUGGCAGGAUACAGAUUGACAUCCAGCCAAGGGGUCACGACCUCUGACCUUGCGGCGGAGGUGGUGUGGGAUGUUCAGCUCCCAACGGCUCUCCAAAAGAUCACCCAUGUGGUGGGGAGGAGAAAUAUCGAACAUGUACACUCCCAAGGUCGAGUGCUUGGAGAUCGAUCUGUUCUUUACAAGUAUCUCAAUCCAAACCUGGUUGCUGUUGUUACAGAGGGAGAAGAAAUAGGAAGCAAACCUCACAUCAGCAUUUACCUCAUUGACGUGAUCACUGGGGCCAUCAUUUUUAGUGCUGAUCACAAGAAAGUUCAAGGUCCUGUACACAUUGUGCACACUGAAAACUGGGUUGUGUAUCAAUAUUGGAAUCAGAGAUUGCGAAGAAAUGAAAUUACAGUUCUAGAAUUGUUUGAAGGAAAAGAACAGAAAAAUAGUACUCUGUUUUCGUCAUUGGACCCACCGAACUUACCACUGGUAGAAAGGCAAUCCUAUGUGCUACCCUCUGGAGUUCAAGCUAUGUCAGCUACCUAUACAGAAAAGGGCAUUACUGCAAGACAUCUUCUGAUGUCCCUUUCAUCCGGGGGCCUCCUGUCUUUCCCCAAGAGGUUCCUGGACCCACGUCGUCCCAUGGAACUAAAACAAGAGCACAAAGAGGAGGGGCUAAUUCCCUAUCUCCCAGAACUGCCCAUAGCCCAUCAAUCUAUGGUCAACUAUAAUCAAUCAAUAUUUGGAGUAAGUGGUAUACAGACAGCACCAGCUGGUCUAGAAUCUACAUGUUUAGUUCUUACAUAUGGAUUAGAUUAUUACUUCACCCGGGUGAUGCCUUCAAAUCUGUUUGACGUCUUGAAAGAAGACUUUGAUUAUAUGUUCAUCCUGACUGUUUUAAUAGGCCUGGUCGUAGCAGCUCUUACCACCAGGAGAUUAGCGUCUCUCAAAGCCCUUAGACAAGCUUGGAGAUAACCUUAGCUUUUCAAAUGUAGUUUCACUCGCCCGUAUUCUGAAGUCUGGUUUGACUUAGUCCAUGGUCUAAGACUGUACCUAAAUUA